AUGGACAAGGACAACCGUGACGAUUUUACCUUUGCUACCCUUUCUAAUCUCAAGAUGCCCGUCACGUUUCGAAUAAACCAACUUGAGGGCAUUCGACAUCUUAGGUCCUUCACCGACCUGCUGGAGAAGCCAGAGCUGCGUUUUCACGGUGUUCAGUCUGCCACAUUGUCAGAUCUCUAUGUAACCUGUCAGCUCAUCGCGGACAACAAACCCCUCACCAUUCCCUUUCGAACGGCAUUCAAGGCAUUCAAAAACUCAUACACGUGGAACGAGUGGAUAACCCUCCCUAUUCGAUACUGUGACCUGCCACUCAAUUCUCAGAUAACUUUUACUGCAUGGGAUAUCUCUGGGCCAAGAACAGCGGCACCUGUUGGAGGAUCCACCUUUCGUCUCUUUGGGAAGAAAUGGACUUUGCGACGGGGGAAGCACCGUUUACUGCUCUGGCAAGGCGUGGAAGCCGAUGGCUCUGCAGAAACAAGUACUCCAAGCAAGUACGGAUCGAGGGACGAGAUGGGAAGGCUGGAAAAGCUCGUGAAGAAAUACGAGCGUGGUGACCUUCCAAAAUCAGAUUGGCUUGACAAGAUGACUUUUCGAAAGAUGGAGGAAGUCCAUGCCGCAGAGACCCAAAAAUCCGAUAAUCUGUACCUCUACAUUGAUCUGCCUCGAUUCGACUUCCCCGUAAUAUUCAAUGAACCAGAGUUUCCUCCACAGCCAACGGCGUCCACUUCGUCGUCCGCACCUCCUCCGGCAACUCCCGUUGCCGGUGCAGCAUCUUCAUCAGCCACCCAUGACUCUCAUCAUCUAUGGAGCAUCAUCGAUCCCGACAUUGCUCGAGAAAAUCCUGUGGAAGAUAAACACCGUCGACUCGUUCGGAGUCACCGAAGUGGCCCGUACGACAGAGAACUUAAACCGAAUGCCAAGAUCCGUGACAGCAUUGGAGAAAUCCUCAAUUACGCUCCUAGUCAACCUCUCAAUUCCGAAGAGAAGGAUCUCAUAUGGAAAUUCCGCUUCUACCUUGCACGCGACAAGAGAGGUCUUACCAAGUUCCUCAAUUCCGUGACGUGGCGCGAUCCAUCAGAAGUGAAACAAGCAGUAGAAGAACUUUUACCUCAAUGGACAGAAAUUGAUACAGACGACGCCCUGGAGCUGCUUGGUCCUGGUACAGUGGAUUCUCGUGUGAGAGCAUUCGCUGUUAAGCAACUGAAUAGAGCAGAUGACGAUGAACUACUCUUAUAUUUGUUGCAAUUGGUACAAGCUCUGAAGUUUGAAAGUGCAGCUAGUGAUGCGCGGUCAUCGAGAUCAGUCUCCAGCGCAAUUUCGUACGAUGAUAGUGGCCUCACCGACUUCCUCAUAGCCCGUGGAGUGCAGAACCCUAUCCUUGGUAACAGGUUAUAUUGGUAUCUCAUGGUGGAGGUAGCCCUUGAAGACAAGGUGAUUUCGAAGAUGUAUGGACGCGUUGUGUUCAAGUUCAUGAACAAGAUCUUAGAAUCACCUGAUGGCUCUAACCGUCGCGAACUAAUGCGACGGCAAGGCCAGCUUGUUGAAACACUGGCCAAGCGUGCCAAGGAGCUUCGUACGUCCAAGGAUCCUCGACCGAAGAAGAUUGAAAAGCUUCGUUCGAUCAUCAACGACUCAAAGAAUGGUCUGAACUCUAUACCCCCACUCCCCCUUCCUGUCAACGCUCGCAUCGAAAUCACAGGUAUCAUCGCGGAAAAGUCGUCGGUGUUCAAGUCCAAUUUGUAUCCAAUGUUGCUUAAUUUCCAGAGCUCCAACGGCUCAGAAUAUCCUGUGAUCUUCAAGGAUGGCGAUGAUAUGCGGCAAGAUCAGCUUGUCAUACAGCUCUUUACACUGAUGGAUCGUUUGUUGAGGAAGGAGAAUCUGGAUUUGAAGUUGAGUCCGUAUGAUGUGUUAGCGACGGGUCCGUUGCAGGGAAUGGUGCAGUACAUCCCUAGCAAGACGAUUGCUGCCAUUGUUAGCGAGCAUGGGAACCUGCUCAAUUACCUUCGCGCAAAUUAUCCAGAUGAGGGAAGUGUCGGGACGUCGGGAGUGGAGCCAGGUGUGGUUGAUACUUUUGUACGGAGUUGUGCCGGCUACUGUGUGGUGACCUACUUGCUCGGUGUGGGCGAUCGCCAUUUGGAUAACCUUUUGGUAGCCUCCGAUGGGCACUUUUUCCAUGUCGACUUUGGAUACAUCCUAGGACGAGAUCCCAAACCCUUCCCACCUGCCGUCAAAGUCUGCAAAGAAAUGGUUGAUGGGAUGGGAGGCGCACAGUCACCCCAUUAUGCCCGCUUCAAGAACUUUUGCUUUACGGCGUUCUCGAUCCUACGAAAGAAUGCGAACCUCAUACUGAACUUGGUGUCAUUGAUGGUGGAUGCUAACAUACCGGAUAUCAAGCACCGGGAUGUACAUGAGCAAUUGCAGGAAAAAUUUCGGCUAGAUCUUACAGAGGAGGAGGCGAUUAAACAUUUCGAGACUUUGUUGAAUGAGACGUCGUAUAUUACGGUGGUGUUGGAUCGGAUUCAUGACUUGGCUCAGUAUUGGAGGAGUUGA